GGUGCGCCUCGGAAGCCGCCGCCAGCGGGGCUUCUGCUGCGGGCACACGCCCGCAUGAGUCGGGGCACCAUGCCCCAACCCGGAGCGUGGCCCGGCGCGAGCUGCGCCGAGACGGCGUGUGAUUUCAGCGAGGAGGACAUGUACCGUGCUGCAGAUGAAAUAGAAAAGGAGAAAGAAUUGCUUAUACAUGAAAGAGGGGCAUCAGAACCUAGACUGAGUGUGGCUCCUGAGAUGGACAUAUUGGACUACUGCAAAAAGGAGUGGAGAGGCAAUACGCAGAAAGCCACAUGUAUGAAAAAGGGCUACGAGGCGGUCUCUCAGAAGUUCACCUCUAUCCGGCGAGUCCGCGGUGAUAAUUACUGCGCGCUGAGGGCCACGCUGUUCCAGGCGAUGAGCCAGCCGGCCGAGCUGCCCCGCUGGCUGCAAGACCCCGACCUCACGCUGUUGCCAGAAAAACUGAUAAGCAGAUACAACUGGAUCAGACAGUGGAAGCUCGGGCUGAAAUUCGACGGGAAGAAUGAGGACCUGGUUGAGAAAAUUAAGGAGUCCCUUGCCCUGCUGAGAAAGAAGUGGGCAGGCCUGGCUGAAAUGAGGACUGCUGAAGAGAGGCAGAUGGCUUGUGACGAGCUGUUCAGAAACGAGGAGGAGGAGUAUAGUCUCUACGAAGCUGUAAAAUUUCUAAUGCUGAGCAGAGCCAUUGAACUGUAUGAUGACAAAGAGAAGGGAAAGGAUGUGCCACUUUUCUCUGUGCUCCUAUUUGCUCGGGACACAUCAAAUGACCCUGGACAGCUGCUGAGGAACCACCUAAACCAGGUGGGGCACACCGGUGGCCUUGAACAGGUGGAGAUGUUCCUCCUCGCCUAUGCCGUGUGCCACACUAUCCGGGUGUACCGGCUGUCCAAGUAUAGCACUGAGGAGUUUAUCACAGUCUACCCCACUGACCCACCCAAGGACUGGCCGGUGGUGACCCUCAUCGCUGAGGACGAUCGGCACUACAACAUCCCUGUGAGGGUGUGUGAGGAGACGAGUCUGUGACGGACCUGGACGGGCUAGCCAUGUGGCAAAGCUGCCCUCCAGCUCCUGGCUGGGCUGAAGGCCCACAGGUCUGUAGGAACCGCCCGUGAGAACCCUUGGGCCCUGGGGGCUGUGCUGGAUUGGGGCCUGUGCUCUGAAGAGGAGCUUCGGACAACAAGCAGUAACUAGUCUUUGCUCUCAUCUGUGAUGCGGCAUGUUUCAGUGGGCGCUCCAGGAAUACUCAUCAGAAGGUGCAAACUACAUCCCCACCCCCAAAGGCUAUUCGUUUUGUAUCAGAGGAACCUCAUUUUGAAGAGAGGAGUAUGUUGUCUCAAAUCAAAAUGCUCUCUAAUGGUAAACUGGCUUUUUUUUUUUUUUUAAAGACUUUCUUUGGUGGCAGCCGUGGCUCUCUGUAGUGAUAUUUGAUCUUCCGAAGUAGUGUAGUUCUGGGGCAUAGUUAUAAUAUCCUGUAGUAGUCGUCUUCAGAAAGGAUGGACAGUAGCUUGGAUUUACACAUUUAACGUCUGUAUUAAGCAGAUUGCCUCAUAGAAGAUUAAUUAGGUCCGAAAGUGGGGUUAUUUGAAGUUUUAUUUUCCUUAUACUGGGGAGUGAGCCUAGAACCUUCAUGCUGUGCUACAUUCCCAACCCUUGAUUAUCAUUGUUAUUAUUUUUAAUGGAGUCUUAUUAAGUUGCCCAGCUUGGGCUGGAAUCUGCAAGCCUCCUGCCUCAGCCUCCCAGCGGGUUGGGAUUGUAAGUGUGGGCCACGAUACCCGGCCACUGAGGGUUAUUUUGAAGGCUGGCAGAGUUGCUGGCAGUGGUGCAGGAACGUAGACCUUCUUGCUCUGCUGACCAUGACAGGUUGGCCCACAGUCAGGACAGGAGCACUGUUUGCAGUUGGACUCCAGUGUGGGGGCAUCCGUUAUUCUAAAGUUCCAGAGGCAGGAUUUUAGGUUCACAGCAGAGGUUAUGUCCACUCAUGUUUUUAGAGGAAACAAGGUCCAGUGGGGUCAGCUACUGGCCUCGUCAGAAGUGGGGCCUGCUGGCCUCUGUCUUCCUGCGCCCUUGGCAUAUGUAUUGAAGAUGUCAUCCAUUGCUAGACCCACACAGCCCGUCCGAUGGUGGGGGACAAGUAACAGCGAAGCACCUGUGAUUCUCCCCAGGUCCCUGAAACAGAAUCGUGAGGAAGCGCGAGUACCAGAGUGUGGCCAGGCUGCGUGUCCUGGGUGAGCCUGCACGGCCGUGAGCCGUGGGCUGCCUGGCUGUGGGGUGGGGAGCUGAAGGCAGCCCUGUGGGCCUGGUCUGCUCAGGGCCCAUGCUGUCUUCCAGGCAUGCGAACCGUGGGCAUUAGCCACAGGAACCACAUCCUUCACAUUUGGGCUCCCGUUAGCUGCUCCUCAGUCGGCUCAGCACUUACUGCGUUGGUGUUUCCCUAAAGUACCAAGCUUAUUUCGUAAUGAAAUCUUUAUUUGAUCUUAUUUAAUAUAGUUCUAAGCUAUCCCAUUUUUGAGGGGACAGACAAACCUUUAGAAGUGAAGGUUUUGCUUAUAAUUAAAAAUUAAAUCUUUGUUAAGAAAACUCAGGAUGCACAAACUGUUCUGUUACUUUAGCCUUUUGCCUGUCAUUACCUCAUUAGUACUAGUUCUCACAUUUUGUUAGGUGUUUAUUGAUGAGGCUGUAUGUUUUUCACUGUGAAAUGCAGGGGUGCUUUGAAUAAGAAGGUACCUAGUGGGCUGGCCAGAUAGCUCAGUGGAUUAAAGAGCCUGUUUAGGCAGACGCAGGGAUGGGGGUUCAA